ACAUUGUAAUUGUUGUUUUGCGUUUUGCUCACAGUUGUUUCUAAUUAUAUUAUUAUUAAAGGAACGUGAUUAAAGCAUGAGCACGCAAGUAGCAGUGGCCGAGCCAACAGGCACUAGGUCGGCCAAUUUCUUUGCGCUGCAGGCGGCCUUCGAGGCUGCCCUGGACCAGGCGAUUGCCGAGAACAAUGUCGAACUGAUGAUUAAAGAGUACCACAGCUUUCGUGCCAAUUCCGAGCACGACAAACGCUCACCCAUGGACCAGGCCUUUCGGGAGGUUCUUAUGAAGCGACUGAGCGACGAUGUCGAACGCAUUGGAGCGCUUGUGCGCCUAUCUGUGGACGCAGCUCGUGCCGAGAUCGUGUCGAACACAAUACCAGUUGUGCUGCUAGGCGAUACCUUUGAUGUGGUUACGCUGAACAAGUGCGAACUGAUUUUCAAUUUUGUGGAGGAGCUGGUUGAGGUUUGGAAGGAGGAGAUAUUCUUUGCCUCCUGCAAGAACAAUUUGCUUCGCAUGUGCAACGAUCUAUUGAGGCGUUUGUCCCGCACACAGAACACCGUGUUCUGUGGACGCAUUUUGCUCUUUCUCUCCAAGUUUUUUCCAUUCUCGGAGCGCUCCGGCUUGAACAUUGUAUCCGAGUUUAAUCUAGAUAACUUUACGGAGUAUGGGCUGGACAGCAAGGACCAUGAUGACAUUGAAAACAAAGAGCUACAAGAUACGGCCGAGGAUAUACCGCUAAAGAUUGACUACGAUUUGUAUUGCAAGUUCUGGUCGUUGCAGGAUUUCUUUCGCAAUCCCAAUCAAUGCUACAGUAAAGCGCAGUGGAAGAUGUUUCAAAUGCACGCGGAGACCAUACUACAGUCAUUCUCGAGUUUCAAAUUGGAAGAUGUCCGUCAGAACAGUGACACCAAUAGCCACAGCGACUCGUGUCCACAGUUGAUGGAUGUGGACAUGGACGAUGCUACGAUAGAUGCCGCUAUGUCGGUUGCCAUGCACAAGGAAACGAACUUCUUUGCCAAGUUCUUGACCAAUCCAAAGCUGCUCGCACUCCAACUAUCCGACUCAAAUUUCCGGCGCGCCGUGCUAGUGCAAUUCCUCAUACUGUUCCAAUACUUACAGGUCAGCGUCAAGUUUAAGAUUGACUCCUACACCCUGACAAGUGCGCAGUCCGAUUUCAUCAAGGAAACGGAGCAGCGCGUUUACAAGCUGCUGGAGGAGACGCCACCCAAUGGCAGACGAUUCGCGCGCACUGUGCAGCAUAUGCUGCAACGCGAGGAGAUGUGGAACAAUUGGAAAAACGACGGCUGUAAAGAGUUUAAAAAACCCGAGGAGCCGGAGCCCAGCGAAGAUGACGCCAAACCCUCACCUCCAAAACGUUCCAAGCGGCCAUUGGGCGAUUGUCUGCGCGAUGCUGCACGCAACGGCAAGUUCUUCCUAGGCAACGAUAAUCUGACGCGCCUGUGGAACUACUCGCCCGACAAUCUGCAGGCCUGCAAGAGCGAGCAGCGUAACUUUCUGCCCCUGCUGGAAACAUAUUUGGAGACGCCGCAUGACAAAACCGAUCCCGCCUUCGAGUGGCGUGCUCUGCGUCUGUUAGCUCGCCAGACGCCGCACUUCUUUACGUUUGUGUCACAGCCAUCGUGCAAGAUAUCCGACUAUUUGGACGUGGUGCGAAAGCGCUUAACGCGCGAAAAAGAGCUGGUUAAGCAGACAAGCACAACUACUGCAAAUGCGUCGGAGCAUAAUAAUGGAUUGGCUGUUAACAGCGCACCCUCAGAGCAGGAGCAUGAGGCAUCAGUUGCCUUGCAGGAAACUGAGCCCGAGCAAGACUUGGAAGUCGAGGACUCUGAGCCUGUGGUGGAGGAAGUGGACGAGACGCCCGCGCAUGAAAAACCGCUGAUGGUUACUAGCGCCCACAUCGAAGAGAUAACACCAUUAAUAGGCGAGCCGUGGAUGAAGGUGGGCAAAAAGAUUGGCUUCAGCAAUGACGAGCUGCUCUUCUUUCAAAUGGAGAAUCCAACACCUGGCGUGGCAUGUAUGAAAAUGUUAACCAAUUGGAUCUCAGACGAUGACGAUGCCACGCUGGAGAACUGGGCCUACAUGUUGGAAGGCUUGGAAAUGCACAAGGCGGCCGAUGCCGUAAAGGCGAUCAUUGAGCGCGAAAAGGCAAGCAAUUCGCAGCCACAGGCCCUAUGCCAGCAGGAUGCGAACAGCAACGAUGUGGAAAUCCUGUCCGAUUAGCAAAGGGAAACG